GUACCUCCUCAGCAUACUGCAUGCAGUGCUCUCUCUGACGUUAAAUGUCCGUGUGCCGAACCGGCCCCUCGCACACCGGCUGGUACCGCGGGGCUCGGAGUUAGGGCUCUUUGGAGCUGGCAGAGCUGGCACCUGGCUGGACACCGCGCCUCGCCUCGAGCUCUGAGCCAAAGGGAAUCACGGAGCGAGAGGCUGGCAAGUGCGGUGCAUCCCAGCGGGCUUCUCAGGGACCUUAGCGAUAAACUCGGAAGCAGAAGUGCUGUACAAGGAAUCAGCAUUUGGUGGAUUUUUUUUUCUGACACCUGAUCAUUUGCUGUACUAAAACCAGUUAUGAGCUCCGUGUGAAUCAGAUCAUGAAGAUGAAGAUGGACAGGACUUUAAAGUAAUUGAAGAAGUUGAAACGGUAUCAGUAUAUAUAUCUCAGUAUACAAGGUGCUGUUUUGGAAGAACAGGCGCUGAUCAAGAUUAAAAAUUGUUGUUGGAAUAAUAUGCGAACAGAUCAUGAAGAACUCUGUGGCACCAGUUAUGGAUCUUUUUGUCUAAAUGGAGGAAUUUGUUAUAUGAUUCCUACUGUAUCCAGUCCAUUCUGCAGGUGUAUUGAGAACUACACAGGAGCCCGCUGUGAAGAAGUUCUGCUGCCCAGCAUCAAGUCUCAAACAAAAGGUGACCUGUUUGCAGUUCUCUUGGCUUCACUACUUCUGCUAGGAGUUCUUUUAAUUGGAACAUUCUACUUCCUUUGCAGGAAAGCAUCCAUUCCCAGAACAAGUUCAUCAGAGUGUGGUGCCAACCUGGUUGAGACUACAAGCAGCAAUGGCUGCAACAAAAUAAUAACAGAGUAAAGCAUUAGCUUGGAAGAAUGGUGA